GUAUGGCAAUUUAGAUGGAGAUCCAAAGGAGAUAUCCCCUGUUAUUGACCAGUUCAUCGAGUGUGUGUGGCAAUUAAUGGAACAGUUUCCUUGUGCCUUUGAAUUCAAUGAGAGAUUCCUCAUCCACAUACAGCAGCAUAUCUAUUCUUGCCAGUUUGGGAAUUUCCUGUGUAACAGCCAGAAGGAGAGGCGAGAGCUGAAAAUCCGAGAACGAACAUAUUCAUUGUGGGCUCACUUGUGGAAAAAUCGUGCCGAUUACCUGAAUCCUUUGUACAGAUCAGCCCACAGUCAAACCCAAGGGACCCUGCACCCACAGAUGGCUCCAUGCAACUUCCUGUACAAGUUCUGGAGUGGUAUGUACAACCGCUUUGAAAAGGGGCUGCAUCCUCGACAGUCAGUUACUGAUUAUCUGAUGGCAGUGAAGGAAGAAACUCAGCAGCUGGAAGAAGAGCUGCAGGUCUUAGGAGAGAGAUUGGCGAAUCUUCAGAAAUCACAACUAAAUGAUAAUAAAGUCAAGAGUAAGCAACAAGACCGAAGCAAACUUUUAGGGCUUUCUACUUCCAACAACAUCUUAGCUAACACUCCCCAGGAGUAUAGCAAUGAUCUGAAAUCAUUCCCAUCCCGGAGCCCUUCACAGGGGGACGAAGAAGAUUCAGCCCUGAUUUUGACACAGGACAACCUGAAAAGCUCCGAUCCCGACCUCUCAGCUAACAGCGAUCAGGAGUCUGGUGUGGAGGACUUGAGCUGUAGGUCCCCAAGUGGGGGUGGCUGCUUGCCCAGUGAAGACAGUGGCAAGGAUUCAGAUGAGGCUGUAUUUCUGGCAGUCUGA